GGGUGUCACUGUUCGCCUUGAUCUUAGGCCUAAUGCCUAUAUGCAUAGACAUCGUGAGUCUGAGCUAGACUAAAGUGUUAACACGAAUAGCUGACAAUCACGCACAGCUGUACUUUUCAAGGUCGAGAUUCAUGUCUGUGCCGCUCCCGAAUGGACGGUUUCGUUGCUCGCAGGAGGACUUGCUGUCCAAUUCGCUCACUCUCAGGUGCGUCCAUCGACUUAUCCCCGAUGUAUCAGACUAAAUGUGUUUGGCUCGAUAGAUUGGUUAUUGUCACUCGUUCGUGCAUGGUAAUCUUUGACAUAUUUGUGAUGUCCGUAUUGUGGUACAAGUGCCGCGAAGUCUGGAGGACGUCACAGAUCGCGCGGCAACAACACUCCCUUACUCAACAUCUUUUGAAGGAUGGAACAUUACUCUUUCUAUUCCUCCUCGUAAUCAACAUCCUCCAUGUCAUUCUCUGGCUUACCAUCGAUUUUCAAUGGACUACAACUCUGUUCCUACAACCGAUUCUUGUACCCUUAUAUGUCGCUGCCUACUCAAUUGCGCGAAGCGACGAACCCCCCACAACCACGGCUGACUUAGAUACGAUCGACAUCGAUGUCUUGUUUGCGCACUCCACGAGCGAAGAUCUCGAACACUGGUGGCAAGUGAGCGCGGAAGUCCGACCGCAGCAUUUAUGGAAUGUCUGGUCAUACUUAGCUAUGAACUCGCAAGAACGCGAAUGAUUGGCGGUGCGUUCGGUGACCACAAGUGGCUGGUAUACGUAUGCUGUACAGACUCGCCGUUGGGUACGACAGGCUAUUUCGAGGAUCUCUGUGCUUGACAUCUAUUUGAAUACUAGGUGCUCGUUGUUGGCUACCGAAACAUUGGCAUGCGACGUCUAUCUAUUCAGCAAACGGCAGGGUUUCUGUAAGUCGUGUCGUGGUCUAAAUCCUACACCCC